UUUUUUCAUUAUUUUAUCCCAUAUUAAAGCUAGAGAUCUUCUGUUGCUCCACCCCAUAAAUUUUGGCUCAACAAAUCCAAAACCCAUUCAACUCAACUCAUCUCAUCUCCCCCUCUCAUCCUAUUCCUUUCUCUCUCUACUUUCUCUCACCUUUUUCCUCUAAAGAAAAAGAGCAAUUACACGAAAAAGAUGAUUCAAGAGCUCUUGGGGGGGAGUAGCGUCAGCAUAAUUGGAGGAGACCGAUCGAAGCUCUCCACCACCACCCCUUGCGGCGGCGGCGGCGGAGGAAUUCCUCGACCACGCCUCCCCGUCGCCGUCUCCCCCUCCUUCCUCAGCGGCGGCGCCCGAGAAUCUGCGGUGCCCCCGCUGCGACUCCGCCAACACCAAAUUCUGCUACUACAACAACUACAACCUCACCCAGCCCCGCCACUUCUGCAAGACCUGCCGCCGCUACUGGACCAAAGGCGGCGCCCUCCGCAACGUCCCCAUCGGCGGCGGCUGCCGCAAGAACAAGGCCACCGCCAUCGCCGCCAAGUCCGCCGCCAAGCUGAGGACGCCGCCGCCGCCGCAGCAGCAGUCCGAGAUGGCCCUCUCCCCAAUUCCAAACCCCAUGAUUUGGGCCUCCCCUCAAAACUCCCAUUUCCUCUCCCUAAUCCGAGGAAACCCUAACCACCUCGCCAUCAAAGACGAAACCUCCCCCAAUCUGGCCUUGCACAGAAACCAAACCCAAUUCGUCGAAGCUCAGCAUCACGGCCUUCAAGAGCUCUACCACCGCCUCCGAUUGUCGCCCAAUUUCUACCCGGAGAUCGCGAAUUCCUCCGCCAUUCUCGAAUCGGCGCCGGUCGCGGUCGCCGCCGCCGCCGAUCACAUGGGAUUUUGGGGCUCCAACGCUUCGUGGGCCGCCGAUUUGCCGACAGCUAACGGUGCAUAUCCUUAAAAGACAAAACCCUAGUUAUGUAAUAUAGUUUCAGCUUAGAGAAGCUAAUUAGGGUUUGCUUCUUUCUUAUUUGGGGUGUGGUAUAUGAAAUUAUGAAAUUAUGAAUCAUGUUUUUAAUUACUUUUUCAUGCUUAGAUCGGUAUGUAAGGCUACUGUAACUGUGUUUGGUACAUUGAGAUUGUGUGUAAUGUAAUGAAUUUAGGGUUUUUUUCAAAGUUUCAAAUGGAAUUUUUUCUGUUAAA